CUCCCCUUUUCACCUCAUCUAAACACAGCCUGCCUCUUCUUGCAUCCCAUAUCGAUCUCCUUCAUUUCCUAUAGAGAUUUAGCCUUCAGCCGAUCUUUCAGAGCUUAUUAUCUCACAGUGCCUGCACGAGAGCAAGAUCAUGUCGACUGUGAGCCGUGCCUCCCUGGACCAGAAGCUCGCCAUGGCCAAGCGCUGCUCGCGAGAGGCAACCAUUGCAGGAACUAAGGCGGCAGCUGUGGCAACCAUUGCCUCUGCGAUUCCAACUCUGGCGAGCGUGCGGAUGCUGCCAUGGGCGAAGGCCAACAUCAACCCCACCGGCCAGGCACUCAUCAUCUCCACUGUCGCCGGGAUGGCCUACUUCAUCGCCGCCGACAAGAAGAUCCUGUCGCUGGCGAGGCGGCACUCGUUCGAGAACGCCCCCGAGCACCUCAGGAACACCUCCUACCAGGGCACCGGCCGUCCCCACCCGGCCUUCUUUAGGCCCUGAUCGGCUCGCAAGCAAACACCCGUGCUGCCCUGCGCUCUAGCCUGAUCAACACUACACAUGUAUACUGUGUAUGCUUGAUGCAAUAAUAAGCUGGCCCCUGCAGCGCAGACCGGCAGGUAGCUGCGGGCUCUAAGCUUAUUGGCAUGGGAAGCUUCUGCAGUGUGGCAAGCGUAGUCUUUGAGUAUAUGCGUCCAUGCAGGGGCGGAUACAGGAGG